AUGUCUGCGAGCACCACUCCGAUCACCUCGGAUGAGUCAAUCGUGAUCACCGGUAUCGCCGGCAAGUACCCGCGGUCGGAUAGCGUCAGUCACUUUGCUGACAAUCUGUACAACAAGGUUGAUUUGGUGGAUGACAAGGAAGACCGAUGGAGACAUCUGUACGCGGGCAUUCCCAAGCGGCUCGGAAAGUUGAACAACCUCGGCAAGUUUGACGCGGAGUUCUUCGACAGUGGUUUCAAGGAAACGCAUUCGAUGGAUCCUCAGCAGCGUCUGCUGCUGGAGCACUGUUACGAGGCGGUGCUGGAUGCUGGUCUCAACCCAGCCGACAUCCGGGGUUCCCGCACCGGCGUGUUCAUUGGAGUAUCAAUUGCUGAAACUGAAAUCUAUUGGACGUACAAGAAAUCCAAAUCACCUUUCAACAAGUCCAUCUUGGGGUUUGCGAGAAGCAUGUACGCUACGAAAAUCGCGCGUGUCCUCGAUUUAAAAGGGCCUACGAUGGCGGUUGAUACCGCCUGUAGUAGCUCGAUGUACGCUCUCGAUUGGGCUUGCAAAGCCAUUAGAAGUGGCCAAUGUGAUGGCGCCAUCGUAGCCGGUACCAAUCUUACUCUCCAUCCGUACAUCACGCUACAGUUUGCACUCCUGGGAGUUCUGGCUGCGGAUGGAUACUGUCGGCCGUUCGAUAAAAAUGCGUCAGGCUAUUCGCGCUCCGAAGCCAAUGCCGUUAUUCUGCUGCAGAAGGCAAAGGAUGCCAAACGCAUUUACGCGCACGUUGUCAACACGAAAACCAACUGCGACGGAUACAAGCUCGAGGGAAUCACCUUCCCGUCGAACAAAAUCCAAAAGCAGCUGCUGGAUGAGCUGUACUCCGAGGUGCCGUACGAUCCCAAGGACAUCUGUUAUGUCGAGGCCCACAGCACCGGAACGAUCGUCGGCGAUCCGGAAGAGUGCGACGCCAUCGAGAAGGUGUUUUGUCCGGGCCGCACGGAACCGCUGCUGGUGGGUUCGGUUAAAUCGAACAUCGGACACUCGGAAGCUGCCGCUGGCAUCUGUUCCAUCACCAAGUGCGUCAUCGCAAUGCAGAACAAGCUCAUUCCGCCGAACAUUAACUACACCGAGCCCCGGACGGAUGUCCCGUCGCUGCUCAACGGGAAGCUCAAAGUGGUUGACCAACCGACACCUCUCGAGGGCCCGCUGGUGGCAGUGAAUUCGUUCGGCUUCGGUGGUGCCAACGCGCACGCACUGUUGCACAACUAUCCAAAAGAGAAGAUUGAUGGAGGAUGUCCUUCGGAUGGGUUGCCUCGGAUAGUGCUUUGGACCGGACGAACGGACGCGGCGGUAGAUCUGUUUCUGGAAGGGCUUGUUGGGCAACGCUUCGAUGCUGAGUUCUUCGCAUUGACCCACAACAUUCAACGAAAGCAGAUUCCAAACAUGAACUCCAGGGGUUACGCCAUGCUGAAUGGUGGUCCCGAUGGCACGGCAGGGCUCCUUCACAAAGGCACCACGGUCACCAUUUCGAAGAAGCACGUACAACUUCCCCUGAUGCUGGUGUUUGGUGAAAUCACGGGCAGCUGGCAAACGUACGGUGAAUCGUUCGACAAAAUCCCACAGUACGCGAUCUGUGUCGCGGAGUGUUUGCAGGCCAUCAGAGAGUGUGGUUUCGAUGCGUUCGAUGAAACGAAGCAGCAAGACGACCCCGUGCAGCAAAUCCUGUGGACGUUCAUCGUCCAAGUGGGAGUGUACCGGAUGCUGCACUGCAUGGACUUGAUUGUGGACCAAUAUGCUGGUUACUCGGUAGGACAGAUCACAUGUGCUUAUCUGAGCGGGGCUCUCUCACUUCACGAUGCUCUGCGCGUAGCCUAUGCGCAAGGAUAUCUGAUCAAAGCACAUCGGAGUGACGAAACCCUAAGUCUUGAGAAUGUUUCGUCAAACAGGAUGUUGAGUGCUAAGCUAGCGAAAGUGCUGAAACCGCUUCGUCUCCACAGCGCUUCGACCAAAUGGUUCAAUCCUUGUCAACUGCAGUCCUUCGAAAUGUAUAACCCCAGCUUGAAAGCAGCUUUAUAUGAAUCUCUUGGCGCCGAUGUUGCCAUUUUGGAGCCGCUGAAAGGCUUGACCUCAAACUUACAAGACAGUUUCGGCCGCUUCCUGUUCGCCCUUGGCGAGGUGUUUCUAAAAGGAUAUGAGAUGAAUCUACUCAAUCUCUACCCAUCGGUUCAGUUCCCGGUUUCGCAGGGUACAUCAAUGAUUUCUUCACGACUUCGGUGGAAUCACAGCGAUGACUGGCAUGUUCCCAACUUCCGAAUGACGCGAAUGGUUGAUCAGGCAACUUCCGAAUAUACCGUUUCACUGGCCGAACAAGACUUCAUCGCUGGCCACUGUAUCGAUGGACGAAUUCUCAUACCUGCUACCGGAUACCUGUUUUAUGUAUGGGACUCAUUUUCAGCCAAUAUGGGAAUCAUCCCGGAAGAGAUGCCUGUUGAAUUCUCUGAAGUCGAGUUUCUACGUGCAACUACUCUUACUGGAGAUCAGCAAGUAUUGUUGACGGUAGAUUUGAACGAUGUUACGGGAAACUUUGAAGUACGCGAAGGUUCCGCACUGGUGGUAACGGGACGCAUUCAGCCUCUUAAGAACCACACUCCAUCAAAGGCGCAAAAGACUAAUACCAACGCAAUUGUUUUGCCAACAAAAGAUUUCUACAAGGAGCUUCGCCUUCGAGGAUAUCACUAUGGGGGUUUAUUCAAGUCCGUCGUCGAAGCCGCCCAAGAUGGUUCUCGGGCAAGGAUCGAAUGGAAACAAAACUGGACCGCCCUGUUGGAUUGUAUACUUCAAGUGGCCAUCAUUGCAGUGGACUCCCGAUCGUUGGUAAUUCCCACCCGUAUCGAUUCCAUCAAAAUCGACCCUAUACAACAAAAGGCUGCCGAUCAAACUAGUGACAAUGCUGUGCCCACGUAUGCUGUAACAUUUGACCCCGAGCUGAAUCUGUUGCAAUGUGGUGCAAUCGAGAUACGGGGACUCAAUGCAAGCACCAUCUCUCGUCGUCUUCCGCCCGGAGUGCCAGUUCUUGAGAGCUACAAGUUUGCUCCAUUUUAUCCUCAGCAUACUCUUCAACCAGCCGAUGCAGCAUCUGUAAUCAUCCAAACUAUUCUCGAAAAUCAGCCCACACUGCUCUUUACGGUCACGGAGGUGCACUCACCAACACGAUCGCCGAUACUUUCACUUUUCGGAGAUGCCAUAGGAGAUCUUCCUUUGGUAAAGGCAUAUCUUACUCUUCUCUCCGGCACGAAACCUGAGCCGAUACCGAACGUCACCAUCUCAGAGGACAAGCUCAUGAAGCAACGAAAUGUGCUGCUACUGAUUUGCGAAAAUCUCUUUGCGGAUGACGAAUUCAUAUCGGAUGCCAUCAACUGUCUUUCGGAACAGGGUUUCAUUCUUCUGCGUGAAACUCUUGGAAACAGCAUCAAGGAAGGGCAUCGUCGGCUGCAGCUUGUAAACACUCUGCCCCUGGAAAAUGAAAUAUUCAUGCUAUUCCAACAGAAAAAGUCCACGAUGAGUACGUCUGCCGAUGCACACGUUAUCAAAGUUUCUACCGAAGAUCCAACGAUUUCCUGGUUGCUGGAACUAAAGCAGAUCUGCUCACAAAUCCGGAAAGGAAACUCCAUUCUCAUCCACGCUGGAACCGGAGGCAUUGGAAUAGCUGCCAUUCGUGUGUGCUUAGCAUACGGCCUGGACGUGUUCACCACUGUGAGCACAAAAGAAAAACGGGAGUUUUUGUUGAGUUACUUCCCAGCCUUAAAUCCAGACAACAUCGGCAACUCGCGGGACAUUACCUUCGAAAAUCUCAUCAAACUACGCACCAACGGUCGUGGCGUUGACUUCGUGCUAAACUCUCUCUCCGAGGAAAAGCUUCAGGCAUCGGUACGCUGUCUGGCCAAAGGUGGACACUUUCUGGAAAUUGGAAAGUACGACAUGAUGAAGGACUCCAAGCUGGCGAUGUCGCUCUUCCAGAAGGGACUCUCCUUCUCGGCGGUGUUGGUUGAUCUGAUGUUUAGAGAAAAGCGAGAGCUGAUGAAGCACUUACAAAAGCUCAUAAUGAAUGACAUGAAACGGGGAAUCAUUCAGCCUCUGCCCACGACCAUCUUCCAAGCACAUGAGAUCGAACAAGCGUUCCGUUUCUUGGCUACCGCUAAGCACAUAGGGAAAGUGGUGCUCAAGAUUCGUGACAACGAGAACGAUCUCACUUCCGUUCCGAUAUCAUACCUUCCGCGGAUCUACUGUCACCCGGAACAAAGCAUCGUUAUUGCUGGAGGCCUUGGUGGCUUUGGACUGGAGUUGGCUGAUUGGUUAAUCAUUCGAGGAUGCCGGAAACUGUUGCUCAGUUCAAGCAGAGGAGUGACGAAACCUUACCAGCAAUAUCGCAUAAAUACCUGGAAGACUUAUGGCGUGAAUGUGCACAUUUCGACCGAAGACAUUGCUACCGAACAAGGAUGUCGUCGGUUGCUGCACCAGGCAAUCGACUUGGGACCUAUCGCUGGAAUCUUCAACCUGGCCGUUCAGCUCAGGGACGCCAUUAUCGAGAACCAAUCGGUGGACAAAUUUGCAGAGUGUCUUGCUCCCAAGGCGAAUGCUACGCAGCAUCUUGACGUCGUCAGUCGAGAGCUGUGCCCAAUGCUCAAGCACUUUGUCGUUUUCUCUAGCGUUUCGUGCGGCCGGGGCAACGCUGGCCAAUCUAACUACGGUAUGGCUAACUCCAUUAUGGAACGCAUCAUCGAACGUCGGGUCGCUGAUGGGCUACCUGGAAAAGCUAUCCAAUGGGGCGCAAUCGGUGAGGUCGGCAUUGUGGCCGACAUGCAGGAGGACAAAAUCGAUAUGGAGAUUGGUGGAACCCUUCAGCAGAGACUCUCCUCCUGCAUACAGGUGCUCGAUCAACUUCUCUCGUCGAGCGAACCCAUCGUGGCCAGCAUGGUGGUGGCCGAGAAGCGCAGCUCCAGCGGUGGGGCAAAGAACAUUGUUGAAGCUGUUAUGAAUAUUAUGAAUAUUCGCGACAUGAAGUCCGUUUCCGUUGAAAGCACCCUGGCCGACAUCGGCAUGGACUCGCUGAUGGCUGUCGAGAUUCGACAGGUCUUGGAACGCGACUUUGACAUCAUUUUGACUCCUCAGGAUUUGCGCACGCUGACAUUCUCCAAGUUGCAGAAACUAGCCGACUCCAAGGCAGAGAACGAAGCUCAAGAGUCCGUUGCCAAACAGUUGCAGCUCGAGGACUUGCUGGCUAGUUUCGGUGACGAAACAGCUAGCCAUCACACGGUUCUCCGUUUACCGUCUCGAUCGACCGAUCUUGAGUAUGAUCUGGCCGUUCUAAUCAUUCCAGGCAUCGAAUCCGUUUGCAGCCCAGCUUGGACGAAAAUUGCCUCCGAGAUCAAUGCUCCUACCUUCAUAUUGCAAUCAUUCGCCAAGGCCACCGAUGAACAAACCAUUCCCGGCAUCGUUGACUCCGUAUUUGAAGAAAUGUUUGAAGCAGUCUUCGCGAAAUGCAAACAAUUUCUGGUCAUUGGAUACUCGUUUGGGUCUCUGUUGGCCCUGGAAAUCGUAAAACGCCUGGAGGCGCAUUCACUGCACGGCAAGCUAAUGAUGAUCGAUGGCUCUCCGCUAUAUCUUCAACGCUUCGCCAGCCACCAUAUUACCGGGGCGGACGAUGAACAUCUGCAGGCAGAUAUACUGAGUCUUGUGCUGUCGUUUGCUUUACCAGCAGUUUCAUCCGAUACGAUGAAGCAAAUCAUGAGUGAAUCUUCGUACGAGGGUCGUGUUAGCAAAAUGCUAGAGCUCCGCACCGACGAAAAUCCUUUCUCACCAGACUACAUCCGGAAGAUGAUGCGUGUCUUGUUCUUCAGGUUGAAAGCAGCGAUGAAUAUGAGCACCGAGACGAAGCAAAAGUUGGUUUCUCAAAUGGUUUUAGUUCGUUCCGGCAUGAUCAACGAUAUCGAAGAAGACUACGGUUUGAGUGGAUUCACCACUGCAUCGCUUAUUGUGAAGAUCAUCGAUGGCACUCAUCAAACGAUGCUUUCGAACGCAGAAUUGAUCGAGAUCAUCAACAAGGACACCCUAUAAAAGGUUCCUGCGGGGACAUACGGGUCCACUUAUUACACUU